AUGUGUCAGGUGUGUCUGAAUCGCCAGUGUCAGAACGUCAGCGUCUUCGGCGUGCACGAGUGCUCAGGAAAGUGCAAUGGACGUGGGGUGUGCAACAACAAGAACAACUGCCACUGCGAAGCGCACUGGGCGCCCCCGUUCUGCGAGGGGGCGGGCUUCGGGGGCAGCAUCGACAGCGGGCCGACGAGACUGGCAGCCCACAGCCUGGCCGUCACCGUGGCCGUCCUGGGGGCCACCAGCGGCCUUCUGCUGGCCAGCGCCCUGGUCUUCCUGAAGAGGAAGACUCUGCUGCGUCUGCUCUUCACCAACAAGAAGAGCACCUUGGAGAAGCUCAGGUCCAUCGAGGAAAAGAGGCCGACCAGCCCACUCGGCAUUCAGUCCAUGUGUAGACCACUACCACAACGUAGACCUCCCCCCAAACCCAGCAUUUAUAAGCCUCCUCCUUCCUUCCUGAGCGCAGAGCCGCUCCUCCCCCAGCACAAGUUCCACUCCCACAGCCUGCGCCGCCUGCCGCUCUACCAGCCCCUCAACAUCAGCCAGCCCAUGCCCGUGUCACUCAGCGUGGGUCAGCCCAUCCUGCCUCCCCUGCCCGCCCGACACAGGUUGCCGCCGGCCCGCCACGCUCUCUCGCCGCCGCCUUUUCUCAGUCUGCCCCGCCAGCCCGCGUCCUACCUCCUGGUGCAGGACCUGGACAAGCCAAGUCCGCCCCAGAAGCCUCUUCCUGCCGACCCGCUGGGGAGAGGCCUUCGUCUGGCUCACGGCGCCCCGAUGGUGGGCGUUCACAUGCCGGGAAAAGGGCUGCUGCCCAUCCCCAUCCCCAUCCCCACUGUGCCCAGACCUCCACCCACCAUCCCUUUACCCAGCAGACCUGCUCCAGUGUUGCCCUACAGACCACCAAAGACCCCCAAAGACUACUGCUGAGCUUUGCCUUCUUCUCCAAGCACAAAGAGGCUUUCUGGGUCGUUUGCACUAACGGAGACUCGGCGGCCGUUGUUGUUUUCACGCAGCUGGACUGUUGUUGUAACGCCUCAGCUCUCCACUAGAUGGCGGUGUCACAGCAAGGACGUGCAUGGUCACGUGACAACAAGCCGGAAGCUUGUGACUUUAUUUGUGGACACUUUGGAAGCUAAAAAUGCUAACACGACGUGCCACUGACUAAAAAGGUGCUCUUUUGUCCUCGCUCAGGUACCAGUGGACUUAUUUAUUUCACUUGUUGGUGUUUUAUGCACAUUUUAGGGACGGAGGAGACACCUGGUCCAUCAUUUGGCAAAUAAGCCAACAUCUAUUGUCAGGUUUCAAGCAUAUUUUAUUCCCUUUUAAAUCCGCAGUAAAAUGUUACGCUCACGUAAUUUAUUUAUUAAUGCUUUUUCAAGCUUGUGUAAGUAUGGUUGGUGUCAUUGUUCAGUGCAAUUUUCUCGUUUACCUCCUUUUUGUACCGUCAGUGUUGCUUCUUCUGUGUGUGGAAGUUUGUACAUCCUAACAUGUGACCUUUUUAUUGACAUAAAAAGGUAAGGGAAGUCAUGUGGUCAGCCUGAUUUACAGUAUUAGCGCACACUGCCACCUUGUGGAAGAACGCUGUUAUUACAAGUCAAGCCUGCCUGCUCUAUUAGAGCAGGGGUGUCGGACUUGUUGUCAUGGAGGGCCGCUUGUAAGAGUGAAUGUAAGAAUAUAAAAGUAU